AUGUUUCAACCUACCAUUGCCACAAACAAAACCAAAAAUUACAACAGCAAGAAAAAACAGUCUUCUUCUCAAUCCAGCAACAACGACGUGGAAUGGAGUCAAAGUCAAUUUGAUGUGGAUGGGGACAACAGUCAGGACCAUAAUGGCAAACCACCAAAAGAUCCAGAAGUAUCAUUCAUCACACCCGUCGACGCAGUGCUCCAAGCAUUGCAAGAGCAUAUUCGACGCAAUGUACGACGCAAUGUGCAAACCAAAUCGGGAAAACGAAAUGGAUUUGGUCUGGCGCUUUUUGGCACACGAAAACGAACACGCGUCGAUAUUGACGAACUCUUGGCAGCCAACCGAGACAAACGGCGUUUUGGUAAACAAAAGCAGACGAAAAAGAAUGACGAUGAUGACAAUUCUCUGGUCGAAGAAGAAGAAGCAGAAAAGAAGAAGAAGGAUUCCGAUGAAGAUUCCGAUUCCGAUGACAGUGAUGAUGAUGACGAUGACAUGCGCCCCAAAUCCAACCGAGCCAGUGGACGAACCACCAUUCACCAUUUGAUUGCUCUAGAACCACCCGGUGUCGACACGGUCAAAAUACUUAGACAAUGCCUCAUGCCCGACAAUAACGAACAACAAGAAGAUGAAGAAGACCGCCGCAUGUUAGACUUGAAGCACUUGUUUGGACACAAACCACAAAAACAGCAAGACGACGACUUUUUAUCGGAUUCAUUACUCAUUGCGCUCAAUGACAUUACGGGAACUUUUAAAGACGCUGAAAAGAAUGGCGGAUGUGUCCACAAGCUACGAACACCCGCCGAAAAAAUUGGAAAUGACAAAAAGUGCAUUUGGAUUGUCACCAAUCAAGACGACUUUUGCAAGAGAGAUCCCGAACGACAACGCAUCAUUCAAACUACGGUACAGGACCUACGCAACAAUGGAUUCGAAAUCAAGGGAUGGCCCUUGCCCCCGCCCACGGGAAAACGAUCCGCCGUUGCAGCACGCAAAGAAAGUUGCUUUUUUGACAAGAUUGCCGACAUUCCAGAUGAUCUGCGGCAGAUGCUACAACGGGCCAUGAAGGGACGCAGAAGUAGUAGUAGUAGUGCGCGAGAAUAA